UUUAUUUUGGAGAAACGUAUGCGGAUUGCUUGAUUGAAAAAAAACAAAAACUAAGUGAAACUGAAACAAGAAAAAUUUGUAAAACAAUUGUAUUCACUUACAGCUUAUUCAUGUAGCUGACAAGAAGGAAAGAGAAAGGCUGCCGAGCUGAAAGAUGACAGGAGAGCACUGCAGAGGCAAAAUGACCUCAUACCAAAUCAACAGAAUAACACUGGAGGCAACAUAUGAGCCAACAACGAGGAAACAGUAAAAGAAAUGAGAAAAUCCUGCACAUGUAAAGACAGAAUCGAACAUAAGCGAGAACAUCAUUUGAAUUCAUAAUGAUUUUAUGGUUGCAAUACAGGAUUCAGUGGUAACUUUUAAUUUCUGUGCUAGUACCAUUGUAAUUCACUUGAUGGUUCAGACCAGGUUGGGUGUGCUGCUUAAAUUAACAGUUGAUUUUCAUAGAGCAGUAGCUCCCAACCCUGGUUCUCAUAGGCCCCUCUAUCCUGCAUGUUUUAAAUGUUUCCCUGCCAUCAUUAUUGGAUAUUUAUGGGUUUCUGCAGAACAAGAUGGGAUGCUGAGAAGAUAAUAAUGAUCACCUGAUAAAUUUGGACACAUCCAAAAUAUGCUCUACAGGAGUCCUGAAUAACAGAAUUGAAGAUCACUUUAGUGAAACUGAGUUGUUAGUAACUAAGUUGCCAUACAUGACAGUGACAAGUACCUCACAUGUAAUUACAGAGUUAAUAUCCAGUCACAGAGGUGCCAAGACCAAAGCAGAUUACUGCGAUUGUACAACAGAUUUAGCCUCAUUAAUGUUGGUCAAUCAUUACCAAUAACUACCAAUGCGAAACAUAUUCUGCAGAAUGACUGUAACUGGGCACAGAAAACUUCCCAUAACAAUUUAACAAAUACUGAUUAAGACGUUUAAGAAAGCCUUAACUUAAUAUCAGAAAGGUUUCUCUGGUCCACAGCUAUCAGGGCAUAUGAUUCAGCAUGUGUUACAUGGAACAUUACUGAAAUGGCGACAACGAUAAAGUUGCGAUAUAUUGUGCAGCCCUAGCCAAUACCUACUUUCUUUACUGAUGAGUUGGCAACGUUAAGUUUAUUUUCCACUAGUGGGACUUGUACCACAGUUUAAGAACCAUGGACAUAAAGAUGAUAUGGGCUUCAGUAAGUAGUGCCAGAAAAAGCUUUUCCCUCUAGCAGAUGUCUUCUGUUUUUGUUUGUUUGUCAACAUUAUAUGUUCCAGAUAAUCAAACAAAUUUUAAUAUAAGAUUCUUCAAAGAUAAUCUGAGUAAACACAAAAAGGUGAUUUGAAAUGAUGAUUUAAUUUAUUAAGGGAAAAAAGCUAUCCAAACCAAGAUGCCCGUAUGUGAAAAAACAGUUACCUCCCAAUCCUAAUAACUGCUUGUACCAUCCAUGGCAGCAACAUGGCUAUUAAGCGUUUGCGAUAACUGGUGAUUAAUCGUUUACGUUGCAGCGCAGGGAGUUUGGUACAUUCAUUCUCUUGGAUAGUUGGAUUUCAGUCACACCAGAGGGUUUUAAACCAUGCAUGAUUAAAAUGUGCCUGAGGUUAAGGUCACAAACCGCUGACUGGACAUUUUCCUUUAGGCAGAAAGCAGAAUUCGUAGUCCCAUCAAUGCCAGCAGGUCCCUCCACGUUGCAAAGCAGCAAAGCAGUCCCAUACCAUUUCACUAUCAACACCAUGUUUGUCGAUAUAAUGCUCUUUGGCACAUGUGAGACAGGCUGUUGUGUUAUUCUGGUCAGCAGUGGUAUUUGCGUAGAAACUCUCCCAGAGAUGCAAUUUCACCCAGUCUUUUUCUUAUUGUUAAAUGAUUUACACCGACCUUUUGUGACCUCCUGGGUGAGUUGUCUGUGCUCUCUUGAAGUAACGUUAGUAGCCUGGGAAGGUUCAUCACUGUUUCAUGUUUUCUCCAUUUAAUAAAAUAAUGGCCCUCACUUUCGUUCACUGGAGUCCCAAAGGAAAGAGGUAAACAUCUGCUUUUUUCCAGAUCAGGCUUUUCCAGAGGUAAACAUCUGCUUUUCCAGAUCAGGCUUUUCCAGAGGUAAACAUCUGCUUUUCCAGAUGUUAAAUACUUUCUUAUCUGUUCUAGAUUUUUUUCAGAGUGGACCAUGAUGUUUUGCUUUUUCAGAUCUGUUAGCCUACUUCAUGUUGUCAGACAUGUACAAUUUGAGUGAUUUGAUGAUCUGGAACAUUCACUGGUGACAAAAAAGUUUAAAAAUAGAAACAAAUUGUUAGCGUGUAAAUACUUUUCACUUGACUGAAGGCAUAAUAAAAAAAAACAUUAUUUUUGGAAUGUUUAGCUCAACUGAAACAUAUGAAUUAAUGAAGCUGCCUAAGGCAAUAAUAAGGCUAGGGACCCACAGUUAAUGCUCCUGCUGACAUCAGUUAACUUGUCUGUCGAGAAGCUCUAAAGGCCCAGUAAUUCAGUGAUUUUCUGCCUUCCAAUAACGCUAAGUGGAUAUUUCCAUAUUUGCAAUUACCUGGACCUAUUUGAUAAUAUCCAAAUUCCUCUUUUGAUAGAUUAAAAUGUGGACUAAUUUCCGUCACACAGAGAUUAAACUGGAAGUGGUGCGAUGGCGCCUGGAGCAUCACUUCUGUCUGGUUUCACCACACGGUGGCCCUCCUGUCUCUCCUCGACGCUCCUCCUCGCCUCCUCCGCCACCAUAAAGCUCAGCCUCCCUCCACUAACACCACCACCUCCUCCUCCUCCUCAGCUGCCUUCCUCUAUACUUCCACUCUUCUCAUCCCGUCUCCCCGCUCAGAGCAGCAGACGCUCCUCCAGCUCCGUGCAGCGCGGCGUGCGAACAUGGUCGGCGGCUCCUGUGCUCGCAGGCUGGCCCGCCGGUCUCGGUCCGCCCUGAUCGCAGCCCUCACGGUGCUUCUAGUGCAGACUCUCAUUGUGUGGAACUUCAGCACCCUCGACUCCGGCGAAGAGAGAGAAAACGCAGGCUCCAGCGUGCGGGAGAAGAGGGACCGCGUCGCCAUCAGCAGAGCCGCCGGCAGUGACUAUUUCCAGCGCGGAGUUCAGCAGCGGCGCCAGCCCGGGCAGCAGCAUCUCCCUCCGCCGGGGAGGGGGACGUCUCGCCACAUACAACAGCCGGAUGGAUAUUACUCUCACCGGCCAAAGGAGAAAAGUAGAGUUGACAGCAACAAUGAGAACUCAGUGCCCAAAGACUUUGAGAAUAUAGAUAAUAGUAACUUUGGUGCUCGUUCGCACCGGCAAUCUGUAGGGACCACCAGCAGUAAGCAGCAGGAGCGUCUGCAGGGUAAGCCGAACGCCCAGCAACAGGUCUGGCAUGACAGCUUUCCUAGACUGGGCCGCAGCUCCAAUGAGAUUUUGCCCAUAGGCCAGCAGUCGCUGGAAAUGGGAAACAAUGCCUCCUAUCCUGGGGGUCAGGGCCUCGCUGGAGGCCUGCAACAGUACACUCGUGCCUCUCUGGCCCAACCUGCUCAGUCCCAGCACAGACAUCAGCAUCCACACAAGAAGCAGGUGACUACAGCGACACUGGAAGUGACAUACGAUCAGCCCCCGAAGUGUGAGAUCAGUGGCAAGGAAGCCAUUUCUGCUCUGUCCAGAGCCAAAAGCAAGGAGUGCCGGCAACAGAUUGCUGAGGUCUACUGUAGACACAAGGAGGGCCAGCUAAUGCCUGAUGCAGUAACUCGCUACUGCCCUAUUGAAGGUAAAGCCAAUGUGAACAUCCAGUGGGAUGAAGACUCUGUGGAGAGUUUUCCAUUAAAACCAGUGAGAAUAGCUUUCGUCCUGGUGAUUCAUGGACGAGCUUCUCGCCAGUUUCAGCGUCUCUUCAAAGCCAUCUACCACACCUCCCACUUCUACUAUAUACAUGCCGACCAGCGCUCCAACUAUCUGCACAGGCAGGUGCAGGUCUUGGCUUCCCAGUAUCCCAACGUGAGGGUCACGCCCUGGCGCAUGGCCACCAUCUGGGGGGGAGCCAGUUUGCUGACCAUGUAUCUGCGCAGCAUGGCUGACCUGCUGGCCAUGAGAGACUGGAGUUGGGAUUUCUUCAUCAAUCUCAGCGCUGCUGACUACCCUAUCAGGAGCAAUAACCAGCUGGUGGCCUUCCUGUCCAAAUACAGAGACCUGAAUUUCAUUAAGUCACACGGCAGGGACAAUGCAAGGUUCAUCCGUAAGCAGGGUCUGGAUCGUCUCUUCUAUGAGUGUGACACUCACAUGUGGAGGCUGGGCGACCGAAAAAUCCCAGAAGGCAUCUCUGUAGACGGUGGAUCUGACUGGUUCCUCCUCAACCGCAUGUUUGUCGAAUAUGUGAUCAACUCUAAGGACAAUCUGGUCACCAACAUGAAGCGAUUCUACGCGUACACUCUGCUUCCUGCUGAGUCGUUCUUCCACACCGUGCUGGAGAACAGUGGCCACUGUGGGAGCAUGGUGGAUAACAACCUGCGCAUCACAAACUGGAACCGUAAACUGGGCUGCAAGUGUCAGUACAAGCACAUCGUGGACUGGUGUGGAUGCUCUCCCAAUGACUUCAAGCCUUCAGAUUUUCACCGCUUCCAGCAAACAGUGAGGCCCACCUUCUUUGCCAGGAAGUUUGAGGCCAGCGUGAACCAGGAGAUAGUGAACCAGCUGGAUGCCUACCUGUUUGGACCGUUUCCUCAGGGAACCCCGGGUCUGAACUCGUACUGGGAGAAUGUUUACGACGAGCCAGAUGGCGUCGCCAGCCUGUCGGACACGCUGCUCACGUACUACCACUCCUUCACACGGAUGGGCAUGGUGAGGGCUGCGGCCUCACUGCAGGGAAACCCAAACGAUCACAGCUGCAGGUAUUUCCCAAUGGGCCACCCUGUGUCAGUGCAUCUCUACUUCCACUUAGACCAGUUCCAGGGCUACCUCAUCAAGCACCAUGCCACUAACCUGGCUACAAGCAAGCUGGAGAUCAUGGAGACCUGGGUGGCGCCCAAGAAGAACUUUGAGCUGACCAUGCCUCCAGGCAGCACAUUUAGUCGGUUGCAGUUUGCUGAGAUUGGCACAGAAUGGGACGCUAAAGAACGCAUGUUCCGGAACAUCGGCGGCCUGAUGGGUCCCAUGGAUGAGACGGUAGGCAUGCAGAAGUGGAACAAAGGGCCAAACGUCACAGUCACUGUGGUCUGGAUCGAUCCCACCAAUGUUAUCGCAGCCACCUACGACAUCCUGAUUGACGCGAGUGCAGAGUUCACGCAUUAUCGUCCGCCACUCAACCAGCCGCUGCGACCCGGAGUCUGGAACAUCCGAAUCCUACAUAACUGGAGCCCUGUGGCCGAGAUCCGUUUCCUUAUCGUUCCGCUGGCCUACAACAAGCACCAGCCCAUUAGACAAGAGGACACACUAAGGCUCCACAACGGGCCGACAAAGAACAGCUACAUGGAGCAGAGCUUCCAUGGCCUAAACCCAGUGCUCAACAUUCCCGUCAGCCUGGUUUAUGUGGAGCAAGCCAAGAGGAACGCGGCCCUCACCGGGCCAGAGCUCGAGGGCUGGGUGGACGGCCUCGUGGGAGAGCUGUGGGAGGCCGCUGACAUCUGCGCCGUCGGCCUCACCGCCUGUCCCGUCAUGCAGCCCUGUGCCAAGAGCCCUUGGAGCUCCAUGAGCCCGGAUCCCAAAUCCCAGCUGGGAGGUCCGCGCACCGACGGCCGCAUAAGGUAGCAGCGAGGCCUCCAGCUGGACAGGAGGCCGUGAUACUGUUUAAUUUUAUUUAUUUGAGAGGCUUAUUGCAGGAGAGGAAGAGGAAAAAGCUCUUCCUCUGUCCCCCUGAGAAGAAGUAAAUGAAAAAAGGUGGACUCCCUCAGCGUGCUGUGCGUACGGCUGUCUUAAAAGCAAGGGGAAGCAUUUCUCUGAAUCUCCCACAGAGUUUAUUCCCUGAGGGGAUUUUGCUGGCUUUGCUAUUUCACUUUCUCAGUGUAUUUAUUUUUCUUUUCAUGGCUGAGUUUUACUGUGAUGAAACGUUGCAAUUUUGGAGCUUUUUACUGUGCAGCCGAAUGAAUUGUGACGCUGUGCUUUAGGGCAGUGUGGCCAUGUGAGUCUGGACUGUCGACACUGCUGCAACAAUGCCUUAGCUGGAAAACAUUCACCAGGAGGUAGCCGAGCACUGAGAUAAACCUGGCUCCUAAAACAUCAUCAACAUAGACAAUAUAACGGUAACUGGGUAAUAAGCACCCCAUAAAUAGAUCAAACAAAGUUUGGUGACAGCUCAAAUUAAAUUUAUAAGGUGACUAAUUCAGUGUUUAAAAAACACCACCCUUCAUUUCUGUAGGCAUCCCUGGUAAGGAUGUGUAAAAAGCCUUAAAAUAAGUAUAUCUCUUACUGUUGUAGUAAAAUCUCACAGUGAAACAUUUUCUAACAGCAUGUUUUGGGGAUUUUUAACAACUUCUUUUACCAUCCUCUUCACUCUGCAUGUUAGCAAUAUAAACUUUGAUCUUGGCCAAUUUUGUCACAUUUUCAGCAGUUUUAAACUUUUCAUAUUUAUCGCUCUGAUAUCAGGGUCGUCAUGAUAGUAAAAGUUAAACUCAGUAACAAUAUUCCAUGCCAAUUUUUAAUUUUUUCUAAAAAAUAACUACUGUAUGACAAUAUUUUUCCUUGUAAUAAUCAGAGAAUAACCAAUAAAUAAUAAUAAGUAAUUUGGCCCGGGCAUCUAUACCGGAUGCCUCCUGGACGCCUUCCUCGGGAGGUGUUCCAGGCACGUCCCACCGGGAGGAGGCCCAGGGGACGGCC